AAGUAAUGUUUCCCACACAUAGAUAGGCGAUGUAUUAAUCAGUGUUGCGUAGGGUUUUUCACCUUUAUUAAUCCUCCAAUCACUCCAACUUUCUACUUACUCCAUAAAAUAUAUAUCAACUUUUGUCUGUCUAUACUAGCAUCUAAAUCACAUUCCAAAUUAAGUAUCAUAAUAUUAUAAUGAGAUUCUACUAUACAUGCUUUACUAUACAUCGUCCUCAAUUAUUUGAAUUCCAAACAUUCUAUAAGACGAAACCUUAAAUAGAGAAUCCUAAGAAGAAAAAAAGAUCAUACUCCUUAAUUAGACUUUUAUCAACCUCGUACUAAUACACUUUUUCAUGGAUCAAAAUCUUCCAACCUCAUUGGAUCCCUUCGAUUUCGAUCCAAACUCACUAGAUGAUGAUCUAAUGCAGCUUAUCAAUAAUGCUUUUCCACAAACCCCACAAAAUCAUGAUGUUCAAGCUGUGUUAAAUACUUCAACAGAGAAUCAUCAAUUCACUAUUAGUAACUCAUCAUUUUAUUCUUCAGCUCAUGCCUCACCACCAGCUCCAACUCCAACUCCUGCCCCGGCCCCGGCCCCGGCCCCGGUCCCUAGUAAGGAUGAGGCCAGAAAGAAGAAAGCUAAGGCCGUGGAAAUAGAGCGGAAGAGGAGGCAAGAAAUGUCCUCCCUCUACCAAGAACUUCAGUCCGUACUACCUCCUGGACUUUUUAAGAGGAGGAUAGUGACUUCGGAUCUCUUGCAAGUGACAACAAACCAUAUAAAGAAGAUGGAGAAGGGUAUAAAAGGACUAAAUGAUAAAAGAGAUGAAUUAAUGAGAAUGAUGAAAUCAGCUGUUGGAAGUUCAACCAAUAGUAAUACUUCGAAACAGAAGCAAAAUCAUUAUGUCACAGUAAAGCCUUGUAAAGAUGGACUCAUAGAAAUCGUUGUUAGUACUAGUGCAAUGGAUGAUGACGACCAUGAGAAUAAUAACCGAGGCUUCAGCCUUUCGAAAAUUCUCCGUUUACUCGAUGAAGAAGGGCUAAAUGUGAUCAACUGCUCUUUAGCAAGAAUUGACAGUAAUUUGGUUCACAACAUACAAGUACAGGUUGAUGAUGGGAGAAGCAUUGAUCUAUGUCUACUGCGGCAGACAUUGACGGAUCACUCGUGAAUUAUGAGUUAUAAAAUCAUAGGAAGCACGUAUUGUAUUGUAUUGCAUUGUACAUGUACGAGCAUUUUUUUAAUUUAUUGUAACUUGUAAGAGCAUCUUAGACUAGUUUUUAAGGACGAUAAAGAUUCGCAGUUUAUAGACUAGUAUACUGCAAAUGUUUGGAAGGAAAAGUGUGUACAAUAGUAAUUCCUCAAUUACUUAAUUAAUGUACUUUUUAUUUGCUAUACUAUUCUAAACAGAGUAUGUAAAGCUAACAAAUCUUUUCCUUUUCAAAAAUAUAUAACAAGUACAAACCUA